UGACAGGAAGUGUUUGGAGUCGUUUUGUAAACAGCGGUGCGCAUCGUUUUUUACGUUUAAUCGUUAACAUGAUAAAGUCAAUAUACAGAUAUAAAAUAAUAUAAAAACAAGUCAAUAUAUUUAUCAAGGCCAUGAAACUGUACCGGUCACUCUGCAAUGUCGCUAAGUUUCGAACCACAUUCGACUUUGGAGGACGGGAAGUGGCGCACUGGUUCCCUGGACACAUGGCUAAAGGUUUGAAACGAAUGAGAGCCAGCCUGAAGAAUGUGGACUGCAUCAUAGAAAUUCAUGAUGCCAGAAUUCCCUUCUCUGGAAGAAACCCUUUGUUUCAGGAAACUCUGGAUGUCAAACCACAGCUGCUAGUUCUUAACAAGAUGGACCUUGCUGACCUGUCAAACAAGCAGAGGAUCCUAAAGGAACUCAAUAAAAAUGGAGUGCAGAAUGUUGUAUACACAGACUGUCUCAAGCAGCGAGAUGACAACGUCAAAAAGUUGAUGCCGACGUUGGUGGAGAUUAUAGAAAAGUCGAACCGCUUUAACAGAGAAGAGAAUAUGAAUUAUUGCCUGAUGGUGAUUGGAGUGCCCAAUGUGGGAAAGUCAUCACUUAUUAACUCAAUAAGAAGAACAUAUUUGAAAAAAGGCCGUGCGUCCCAAGUAGGUGGCGAACCAGGUAUAACUCGAGCAGUCCUCACUAGAAUUCAGGUGUGUGAACGCCCCAUAAUGUAUCUACUGGACACACCGGGAGUCUUGCCUCCGCAAAUUGAGAGUGUUGAAACGGGCAUGAAGCUGGCGUUAUGUGGAACUAUACUGGACCAUUUAGUCGGUGAAGAUAUCAUUGCUGACUACUUGCUCUAUUCUCUGAACAGACUGGAAAAAUUCAGUUACGUGGAAAAAUACAACCUGCAGGAGCCCAGCGACAACAUCCAGCACAUCCUCAAACACAUCGCGGUAAAACAGGGGAAGACGCAGCGGAUCAAAGCCAUCACUGGAGUUGGCAACAUCACCAUCACUGUUCCUAACUACACAGCGGCAGCUUACGAUUUCAUCCGAGCCUUCAGGAAAGGAGAGCUUGGCCAAGUCCUUCUGGACUGAAGCAACAUUUUUCUCGAGUGAAGUUACGCUUGACAGAUAAUAAAGGUAUUAUGUACACAAGUGCUGGAGAUAAGGAACAGUCGAGUGCUCCUAACAAGAGGAAGAGGCUUUGGGAUACAUCACAACAUCUCAAAGUUUGAGCAGCACCACUCCAGUUUUAUAAGGAAACUUUUUUUUUUUA